AUGAACUCAGAGCUACCAAGACACCGAAUGCUGCAACUGCUGCAGCAGCGCAAUUUGCUGGGGUUACUCCGAUUUGUAGCCGUACUGCUGGGGCUCAUCUGUCUUUUCUCGGUGAUCUUUCAGCUGCUCAUGGCCUACGAGGGUCAGACACACUCGUGGGUGACCGGCUUCUACUGGACUUUGUCGACCAUGUCGACGCUUGGCUAUGGUGACGUCAGUUUUGUUUCAGACCCGGGUCGUUUGUUCUCUAUAUUCGUAUUGCUGUCUGGCGUAAUCUUCAUGUUGGUGCUACUGCCAUUUACAUUUAUGGAGCUCUUCUACGCACCCUGGGUUGAAAUGCGUGCUGCGAAUCGCAUUCCUCGGAAAGUAAACGACAACUUAACCGGGCACGUCAUCAUGACGUUCUAUGGCCCGGUAGCCAGUGCACUGAUCGCAAAACUCAAACAGUUCAAAUAUCCAUACGUGGUUAUUCUGCCGGAAGCAGAUGAGGUCAUGCAGUUGAUUGACCACGGCAUUAACGCGAUUCAUGGCGAGCUUAAUCUGCCGGAAACGUAUAUCAACGCGCGGGUGGAACAGGCUUCCCUGGUUGCCACGACCCGCACAGACAUCGCCAAUACAUCAAUAGUUUUUACCGUACGCGGUAUCACUAAAACCACACCGGUCAUCGCUACCGCCAGAGACAGCGACUCUAAAGAUGUGUUGCGCCUGGCAGGCUCGUCACGGGUACUCGAUUUAACACAUCUGAUGUCUGAGAGCCUGGCAAGGCGUGCAAUUGGGGGUAACGAGCUGAUUCACAUCAUCGGCAAUAUUGAUGACCUCCUGAUUGCCGAAGUGGAUGCAUCCAAAACUAAUUUAGUGGGCAUCGACUACAUUACCGCACAACGACAAACCAGCGUCAGCAUCGUCGGUUUCUGGGAUCGUGGCACCUUUCAAGUCGGUGAACAGGACAGCAAGAUCGAACCCCAUAGCCUUCUCGUGAUGGCUGGAUCAAAAGCCCAGCUUGAUGAGUUCAACCGAUUGUAUUGUCACGAAAUGCAAACAAGCGAACACAAACCCGUCAUCAUUAUCGGCGGCGGCCGCGUAGGUCGUGCCACUGCUCGUGCGCUGGCACGACGCGGCAUCGACUAUCGCAUCGUUGAACAGAUUCCAGAGCGCGUACCAGAUUCGGAUAAAUACAUUCUAGGGUCCGCUUCGGACAAAAACAUAUUGCGCCAGGCAGGCAUCGACAAAGCACCCACUGUCAUCAUUACAACAAAAGACGAUGAGACAAACACCUAUCUGACAAUUUUUUCCCGCUUGCUGCGCCCGGAUAUCCAGAUUAUCUGCCGCGCAAGCCUGGAAACCAGCGUUGCAGGAUUGCACCGGGCAGGCUCCGACAUUGUCAUGUCUUAUGCUUCGAUGGGCUCAAACGCACUGUUUAACCUGCUCCAGCGCAGCGAUCUUCUGAUGGUUGCUGAAGGUCUGGAUGUUUUCAAAGUAGAGGUGCCUCAACAACUUGUUGAUAAGACAUUGGAAGAAGCGAAUAUCAAACACCUGACAACCUGCAGCGUUAUUGGUAUCGACAAAGACAACCGGACCAUCACCAACCCGGAACCCGACACACGUCUGCAGGCCAACGAAGAAAUCGUUUUGAUCGGCACCCCGGAAGGUCAUAUCCGUACCUUUUCAACCCUGACCACCAUCAACGGCGCCGCUCUGUUGUGCAUCCUUCUAUCAGACGACCCCUAUGUGUGGUCCGGGCUACGCUUAAUGACCGGUAUCGGCAUUUCAGGUUGUUACCUGGUUAUCGAGAGCUGGCUGAAUGAGUACACUAAUAAUGCCAAGCGAGGGCGCAUCCUGGCUGUUUAUACGGUGAUCGUUCUGUUGUCGAUGAGUGUCGGGCAAUUACUGAUUAACCUGGGCAGUCCCAGCGGCUUCACCACCAUCGUACUGGGCACCCUGCUGCUGUCUCUCUCCAUCAUUCCGGUAGCACUGUCGAAAGUUGAACAGCCUGCACCGCUUGCAACACUCGAGUUUCGCUUCAAGGAUAUCUAUCACGCCUCCCCCGCUGCUGUUGGCGGCGCACUUGCCAUCGGUACCGUUACCGGCGCGUUGUUUGGUCUGACCCCCGUAUUCGGCAAGAUUGCGGGGUUGUCCGUCAGCGAGAUUGCCUGGCUGAUGAUAGUCAUGGUGCUGGGAGGCGCGGCUUUUCAGCUUCCCGCUGGACAUAUUUCCGAUCGCUACGAUCGCCGCAAAGUCAUGAUGGGAUUGUUGAUUAUUGGCAUCAUCACAGCGAUUGUUGGCACUCUGCUGCAACAGCCUCCCAGUUGGCUGGUAAUGCUGUUGUUUUUCAUCAUCGGCGGUAGUGCUAUUGCCAUUUACCCUCUGUGCCUGGCGCAUGCAAACGAUCGCUACCCAGGGCAAUUCCUGCAGGUGGGCACGGUGAUCCUACUGGUCAACGGCGCAGGUUCGAUUACAGGACCUCUGCUUGGCGCAAAUGCGAUGGCGCAAAUCGGACCAUCGGGCUUUCUUGCCUAUCUGGAGAGAGCUUGCAUGGACGACAAAUGGACUGACUACAUCCUCGAUUCUUUGGAUCUUGAUGAGUCCAAUCGACAGCCCAUCGCAGGAAAACCGCCAGCAGGCGCGGAAAUUUCUGCAGAGACUAUCCGUCGCUAUUUUGCUGACAACAUCUAUCCCUUCAGCGAGAGAUUGAAACCGAAGCAGUACUUUGAAGAAAAGCGAGAACUCCAGAUUGAGCUCGUGAAACUUCAGAACUGGAUCAAAGAAACCGGUAACAAACUCGUUGUGAUUUUUGAAGGCCGGGACGCAGCAGGCAAAGGCAGCACCAUCAAACGUUUUAUGGAACACCUCAAUCCCCGAGGCGCAAGAGUGGUUGCGCUGGAAAAGCCUGACCAAAGAGAGUCUGGACAAUGGUAUUUCCAGCGUUACGUUCAACACCUGCCAAGUGCUGGUGAAAUCGUUUUUUUCGAUAGAUCCUGGUACAACCGUGCUGGCGUUGAAAAAGUAAUGGGCUUCUGCAGCGAUGAGGAAUACCAGCAGUUUCUUGUGCAAUCCCCUGAUUACGAACGUAUGCUGGUGAAGAGCGGUACGUUUAUUAUCAAAUUCUAUCUUUCUAUCAGUCGUCAGGAACAGGCCCAGCGCUUCGAAGAACGGGCGACUAACCCCCUGAAACAGUGGAAAUUCUCAGUUGUAGACAAAGAAGCGCAGAGUCGCUGGGACGACUAUACCCAGGCAAAAGAAGAAACGUUCAGACGCACGGACUCCGCUGAAGCACCCUGGAUCAUCGUCAAAGGUGAAGAUAAAUUACGCGCCCGCCUGGAAACCAUGCGCUAUGUCCUCAGCCAGUUCGAAUACACAGGCAAGGACCAGAACAAGCUCGGCACAGCCAACCCCUUGCUGAUUGCACCGGUCAAAAUCCUGACUAAUUACUCCGACAGUUAG